AUGUCGCUUCCGAUCGAGGAUUCGAACAAUUUGGAAGUGGAGCUCGGAGAAGACCAUUUCCGUCUUCAAUUGGAGGUGGAAAUGGACGCGCUCAUGCAUUUGAAUGGAGAAAAUUGUGAAGAAAACGCUGAAAAUGGUGAACAUCAUGACGAUCACCUGGAAGAGCAGCAGAAAAAUGAGCACAAGGAGGAGAAAAACGAGAAUUGCGCGGACGGCGAGCAAGAAAAGGCUGAAAAGGCUGAAACUGAGUGUGAGGAGCAUUCUGAAGAGCACGAGGAGGUUCAUUGCGAGAAUUGCAAGUCCGAAGAGCAAAAAGAGGCUGAAAAUGCUGAAAUUCAUGACGAUUGCCACGAAGAGAAGCUGGACAAUGCUGGAAAUGCUGAAAAUGAGCACGAGGCGGAGCACCACAAUAAUUGCGAGUGCGGAGAUGAAGAAGAGGCUGAAAACGCUGAUGAUCUUCACGAGGAACAUCACGAGAGUUGCGGGGAUGAAAAUGAGCACGAAGAGCAUCAUGAGCACAGCGAGGAAGAUCACAUGGGACAGGUGAUUUAUUUUUGAAAAUCAGUGCAAGUGCGCUCUGUUGCACAAAAAACUGAGAAUUUGAUUGGCGCGAAACAUAGUGCUCGCCUGUACUUAUCUUCGAAAUUUUAGCAAAAAUUGAGUAAUUUUCAGGUCGGAAAUGCGAUCAAAUCGGUGGCCGAGGGUGCUGUCGCCGGAAUCACCAAGAAUGUGGUUCAAUACGCUGUGAAGAUCGGAGGAAGAUCGUCGAACGUCGUUUCGGUGUUCGACAAAACAGUCCGUUCGGCGCGCGGAAAUCCGAAAUGGUUUGCUCGCGUCGACAUGCCGCACGGAAAAGUGAACUUCCCGCACAUCAAUGUGAACAAAGCGAUCACCGGAGUCAAGGAUCCGCACAUUAAGAUCUCUGCGGGAGCCGCCAAGGCCGCCGGUGCUGCCGGACAGGUGCUCAACGUGGUCAACAAGGUGGCGCCAGUGGCCAUGGUCGCUUCGGCCGUCUACGAUGCCAUUCAGAUAAAAAAAAAGGUCGACAUGGAUGCGGAACGCGGAACCAGCAGGAACACAAUCAAGCAGGUGGCCACCACGGCUGCCACGUACGGCGGUGGAUUCGCUGGAGCCGGCCUCGGUCAGUGUUCCAUCUUUUAGAGAUUAAAAUUAUAGUAAAAUGCUUCAGGUGCCGCGAUCGGAACGGCCAUCUUCCCCGGCGUCGGAACUAUGAUCGGAGGAAUUCUCGGAGGUGUCUUCGGAGGCACUGGAGCUGGAAUCGGAAGCGAAAUCGCUACGGAAGCGAUUCUGGACGGCGUCAACUACGAAAUUUGUUGGCCAAAAUGCCAAAAGUGCGGAGAGCACUUCGAGUGCCGUCGCCACGAGACCGGCUACACGGAGAUAUGCCCAAAGUGCAGAUAA